AUUCGAAGUUGAGAAACCACCAAUAGGUUGCGUGUCAACGGAAGAUAUACCAGUUGCGUUUGUGACAAGCUAUGGUUGGUGUAGUAAAUUUCAAAUUAUUGAUUUGUGGAAGGAAGGAAUUGAGCGUGCUUUUCUGGAUGAAUUUUGUCCACCAAUCACCGUUUCGGAAUGCUGUACUGCUCGCUUCAAUUGCCCAUCCAUAUACAUAUUAGAAGUGCGGCUGCUUCCUGAUGGCUCUUUGCCUUUGCCAUAUAGACCAAUGCCAGAAUGUCUUAUUCUUCCUCGGUACCCUCGUCUUGACCAACAGCGUGAUGUUCCAGAGCGUGAUGAAACAACCGAUACUUCAAUAACUCGAGUUCGAAUUUUACGAGGUGAAAAAGGUGAAUCGUUAAUGUCAUUUUUUUCACUCUACGGAAUAUAA